UUUUUUUUUGGAGGGGGGGGGGCGGGCGGCGAACGGGGCUGACCGGCCGCCAUGGGGUGCUUGGGGAACAGCAAGACGGAGGAUCAGAGGAACGAGGAGAAGGCGCAGCGGGAGGCCAACAAGAAGAUCGAGAAGCAGCUGCAGAAGGACAAGCAGGUCUACCGGGCCACCCACCGCCUCCUGCUGCUGGGUGCUGGGGAAUCUGGUAAAAGCACAAUUGUGAAGCAGAUGAGGAUCUUGCAUGUCAAUGGAUUCAAUGCUGAUGCGGAGAAAAAAAUGAAAAUUCAAGAUAUUAAAAAUAAUAUUAAAGAAGCUAUUGAGACAAUAGUAACAGCAAUGGGUAAUUUGGCACCUCCUGUUGAGCUAGCAAAUCCAGAGAACCAGUUUCGAAUUGACUAUAUCUUGAAUUUAGCUAACCAGAUAGACUUUGAUUUUCCAUCGGAGUUCUAUGAACAUACCAAAACACUUUGGCAGGAUGAAGGUGUGAGAGCCUGCUACGAGAGAUCUAAUGAAUAUCAAUUGAUUGACUGUGCCCAAUACUUUUUAGACAAGAUUGACAUAGUCAAGCAAAAUGAAUACACGCCAUCUGACCAAGACCUUCUCAGAUGCAGAGUUUUGACAUCAGGCAUUUUUGAAACCAAGUUUCAAGUGGACAAAGUAAAUUUUCAUAUGUUUGAUGUUGGAGGGCAACGAGAUGAACGCAGAAAAUGGAUCCAGUGUUUCAAUGAUGUGACUGCUAUCAUAUUUGUGGUGGCCAGCAGUAGCUACAAUAUGGUUAUACGAGAGGACAAUCAGACCAAUCGGCUUCAAGAAGCACUAAACCUCUUCAAGAGUAUUUGGAACAACAGGUGGCUACGGACCAUUUCAGUAAUCCUAUUCCUGAAUAAACAGGAUUUGCUAGCAGAUAAAGUUUUGGCAGGGAAAUCUAAAAUUGAGGACUACUUUCCAGAAUUUGCUCGCUACACUACACCAGAUGAUGCAACACCUGAACCUGGUGAGGAUCCCAGAGUUACAAGGGCCAAGUAUUUUAUUAGAGAUGAAUUUCUUAGAAUCAGCACAGCAAGUGGAGAUGGAAGACACUAUUGCUAUCCUCACUUCACAUGUGCGGUGGAUACAGAAAAUAUCCGGAGGGUUUUCAAUGACUGUCGGGACAUUAUUCAGCGGAUGCACCUUCGCCAGUAUGAGUUGUUGUGAUGGAGAGCACUUUUUUCCUGUGUUUCUGGACUCCUUAUUCCUCAUGAAAAAAAACCAACAAAAAAACUUGCCCACAAAGGGUGAAAGAGAACUGAUGCAGUCUCCCUCCAGUUUGCACCCUCACCUUUUCCCUUGCUGGACAAUAGCAGACUUGUAGCUUGCUUCCGGCCCCUGGGACAGUUUAAGACAGCCAACAAAACAGAAUGGCUAUUUCCAUGUGGGUUCCUUAACUUCAAUGUUAUUAACAACAGCAAAAGAUACAAAUAACAAAUGCAAGGCCCUGAAUGUGUGGCACACCAGAGAAGAUUGGGGAAUAAUAAAAGUUAACACAAAAAAUGAAGAGAGAAACCUUUGGUAAUUUAACACUGUUGUGGGCAAAUGCAUACUACCCCUGAUUUCAACUUUGAAUCCAUAUACUGCAUCAAAUGAAAGAAGGUGCCAAAUUACAGGCGAAGUUUGAAGACAGACACCUGAGUUCGGUUGUCUUCGACUGUAAUUUGGCUUUGAAUGGAAAUCCUGACAGUUCUACAGCAGACCUAAUGCAAAAACUUACUGCUACCUUUCAAAAGGGUGUUUUUAAAUCCAGUCUUGGACAUUAAGAAGUGAACUGCAUAUGGCCUGUGAUUGCAGAAAGAGUUAACCACACACUGUUUUUCAGUUUGUCCAUCGAUGAUCUUGCCUGAUAAGAAAAUCAUUAAUUGGACAGUUGUCCUCACAGGUUUUUCUUCCCUUCUUUUCUUCUUUCUCCUCUUCUCCCUCCCUUCAUUUUUUAUUUUACUCCUGGAUUAUUAUUCUUGUACAGACUGUAAAAUGUAUUAUUUUGUACAACUUUACUGAAAAAAAAUAACUUGUAGAAGAUCUUUGUGCCUUGAUUAUGGCUGUACCUGUAAAAUGAGCUAAGAUGUAAGUAUGUUUGAUUGCGCUGUACAGCUUUGUCAACCCUAUCUGCAGCAUUAGCUCACGGUAGGGGAAAUUUAUCGGUAGUUUAGUUUUUCUGGUUUAUAAAAGAAGGAAAAAUACUGUUUAGUAAAAAAAAAAAAAAAGUACAAAUUGUGCGAACUUAACCACUUUAAAAGUGAGGUCUUCAACAAGUGACCAGAUGUCGCAGCAUCAUGCUUUUUAAUUUUAGCUUUGACUCAUUUAAAUCUCUAUCAAAAUGCAAAACAUGGCUUGUUUCUACAUAAACCAAAUUUUGCUACAAAUUAUAAAUGUUAGUCUUUGGUCAUUCAUAGUCCUUUUCGCAAAAAAAUAAACAAGACAAAAGUUUAAACCAGUAGGCAUUGUGCAGGUAUGGUGACUAUCUGUAGACUGGGCAGAAUUCCCACCAACCUUCACUUAACUGUAUGGGCAAAAUAUUAUGGAAAUGACCAGGUGUACACAGCCCUUGUAUUUGGCCACUGAAUUCCAGUUGCAAAUGACAUUUUUAUUUCUCUUUUAAUAAAGAGAUACCUUAGAAACUUUGGUUUUAUAUUAACUAUAUAAGUAGCUUAAAAGUGAAAGAUGUGUGGAUUUUUUUCUUAAACUUGAAUAAUUUAUGCAAAUUAUAUGCUUAGAACAACAUGUGGUACAGUAAAAAGAAAAAAAGAGCAAAAAUCACUGUAGCAAUAAGAAAGCAUGUAAUUUUAGUAACUACUACACUGCUUUAUAUUUUAUACCUAGGUGUUUUAUGUCUCUGUGAGUGUGUUACUUUUUCAUGUGUCUAAACCUCCGUGUACAAUCUGUACAAAGUCAAGAAUUACAGUUGUAAUAUCAGAUCUAGAACAGUGUUAGCCUAUAUUACUCAAAAAGAAAUCCCAACCAAUCUGGAUUUUAAUGCAGUGAAUUUUAAAACUUGCCUCCUUGCUGACACACUAGCUUUUUCGCAAACCGCCGAUAGUUUCUCUCAGAAAGAAGUCCAAGUUACAUGAGAAUCAGGAAUUGGUCAGUGUUUGUUGUGACUAGCUUUGCUACAGGUACCAGAUAACUGAUUUUCAGAGAGCUGUUAUUUACCAACUCUGGCUACUUAAAAUGGGGUGGCCUAUGUUGCUUUUUGUUCUAACUUUCUGUUCCAGUCCAUUUCCAGGACUGAAGAUAGUCUGGACUUGGUGAUGUUUGUCUUGCGCCCCAUUUGCUCGAAUUAUGAAUUUUGGAAACUUUCAGGGCAGUAUUAAAAUACCGUUGGUAAAUUGCCCACAAGUAUGCCUGUGAUCGCUAAUGAGCAUUGAAAAGUUGUGUUUAUGUAGUUUAUAACUUCAAAGAAAAGCUGCUGCGUGAAUCUCUGAAAGUGACAGAAGAUUCUGAUGUAUGGAAUUGCUCUGCACUAAAGAAUGUAUCCAGUGCCUGUAGUUUUCAGAAUAGGGGAACUUUAAUAGGCAAAAUUUAAAUAAGCCUUAAUUUCUUUUUUUCACCAGCCAGAAACCUUGGAUUACAGUGCCAAACUUUUAAAACUAUCCCAAGUAUUAAGGGUGCACGUACCAAAUUUAUGGAUGUGUAUCUAAGGCUGAUCACUGAAGUAUAAGGAAAAAGACAAAGCGAAAGAGACUAAGUUGAAGAAUAAUCCUCGCCAGGAUUUGGGGAAGGAAAACACCUGUCACCAAAAAAAAAAAAAAAAUGCCCAAGACAAUGAAAUUUUGGGGAAAGGAAAGAAAAACACGCAGAAGAUUAUAUCUGCUAAGAAGUUUCAAUGUUUGAGGCACUUUUUUGAGGGAUGGAGAAAGACAUUAUCCAAACAGUAAGGUUGAGAGGCUGAGUAUAUUCUCCCUCAAUUCUUGGUUGGUCUUUACAUUAGUCAUACCGUUUGAUUGCCCAGUAAAACAGUCAUUUAAAAAUAACCUUUUUAUUAUGAAAACGUGAAGCUUCAAAGCUUUCUCUUUAGCAACUCGGUCAUUUUUUUCUGUCACUAAUUUAGUGACCAUAAUUUGCAGUUUUUGAACCAUUCCAACCUUCUAGUUUCCCUGAUUUUCUUAGUUUUUAUCCUUUUUUUCUAUUUAUUUAUUUUAACUUUUUGUUUUCAAAAUCAAGGACUUUCAUUUUUGUGUCUCAAUCCCGUUUGAGAAUAAUAGCCAAGAGUUUACUCGUUCUAUUCAGUAUUCAUGAUGCUGAAGUGUAAGAUAUCUGCGGAUGUAAACACUACCACUUUAUUAAUAAUAAAAAAAAUUCAGUGUUUCUAGGGGCACAUUUGCAUCACUAGAGUUUAAAGUUGUGUCGACAUUUCCAUUUGGAAUCCAUGGGUGGUCUAUCAAUAUCUUGGCACAUAUGGUUUGCCCUAAAUUAAAAUUCAAGUAAUACAAGGACUUAGCUCAGGAGUCAUUUGAUGUGCUGUUUUUUUGUUUUUGUUUUUGCUUUGGAGUGGGGAAUGGAUGCCAAUUUCCAACAAAAACUGUCGGUUCAGUUUUAAGUUAUUCAACUAUUUUGUUGUUUAGGGGUUAGCUUUAAAAAAAUUACUGGUUCCAAGUUGCUUUUAUUUUUUUUAACACUUGUAUAACUCAAAAACGGUUUGGGUCUCUUCAUUUACAUUUGGCAAGAAAGUUACCUAUUAGUAUGGUCUGCUCACUUUUGGGUAUUUUGUAAAAUAAUAAAUGGUAGAGAUGUUGUGGUUUCAAAAUCA